CUAAAAGAUUAGAAUUGCGGGCGGAAGAGAGAAAGGAACAUUGUGCGCAUGUGCCGCCAGAUUCAAUGUCAGGCUUCUUUUUAAAGAAUGCUGAGCAUAACCCGGUUAGCCCUGGGGACCAAGAUUAUAGGGUUGUCUUUGCGUGGCAAGGCCUCCCUUGCUGCCACGAUGAUGAAAUAUCGGAAGAUGCGGAAGCCAACAGAACCACAGAACUGGGCACUGGAUUAUCAGGAGAAAUACAUCCCAUUUUCCAAGAACCAACUGGUUGAAGCCCUGGUAAAGGAGUUCCACUCUUCUAAUCAUGAAGAACGUAUCUCAUUCUUGCAGUUUGUGUCUCAGGUGGAUUCAUCCCUUGUACACCAUUACUACUCUGUUUUGGAGCAGCUACAGACACUCUAUACACCUAUUGAUCCUGACCGGGACACACUGCAGGAAUUCCCUUUGACAGAUGCCGAACGGUUAAUAAAAGAACAUAAAGUUUUGGCCACGAUGGAACCACUGUUGGAUCAAGCCAACUUCAACAAGUUGUCAGAAGAAGCACUGGCUUAUGCACUGAUUGUCAAUCACCCUCACGAUGAAGUUCAGGUGACAGUGAAUUUGGAUCAAUACGAAUACAUCACCUUCUGGGCUCUGGGCCAACGGAUAGGACCUCUGCGAGUGAUGGCUGCAACUCGAGCCCAGAGGGCAGGCUUCUUCGGCACUGCUCGGAUUCCUGCAGACAGGCACUACUUCAAACGAGUUAUAGUGGCUGCCCGAACCAAGAAUUCCAAACUGGUGCUGAAAUGCUUUAAGGACAUCCCUCUGGAAGGCCUGGAGCAGCUGCUGCCCUUGGUCAAAGUCCGCACCUCCAUCUUCCACAGAGCUCUGCUCAACACUAUGCUGGUUGUGAGCGGCUUGGCCCUCUUUGUGAACGUGGGCAUGGUGGUGCUGUCCGACCUCAAGAUAGGAACCACCACUCUGCUCAUCUUCUUUGCUGCCUUAAUGGCCUUCAGGGCCUGGAAGGUCUUUGGCCAGCGGAGGAACAUCCACUCUCUCGAACUGGUACAUAUGCUGUACUACCGCAGCACCUCCAAUAACUCAGAGCUUUUGAAUGCCCUCACUCUGCGAGCCCAGGAGGAGCAUGCCAAGGAAGUCAUCUUGGCACACAGUUUCCUAUUACGGCACCAGCAGCAGCAGCCCUUGCCUAAGGAGACAGGAGUGGAAACAGACUGUAACCCUGUUGAACACCUGAGGAAACAGGUUGAGGCUUGGCUGCGUCAACGCUCUGGGCUUGAAAUUAACUUCUGUGCUGAACGUGCCUGCAAGCAUCUCAAGGAAUUGGGAGUUAAGGGAGCAGCCCAUCCUGUCAUUGGAUGAGAGCUUCCUAGGAUUGUUUUAAUUGGUGUUUGGGGCUCUAAAUCAGCCUUGUCCCUGUGGUAUUGAGCAUGCCAGGUUUUGAAGGCGAAAGGAUGUGAACCUUAUUUUUCCAAAGCUCUAAGAGAACAGUGCCCUGUGGUGUAAUUACUUAUGCCACAUGGAUCCUUAGAAGCUAUUGGAUUUCAGCUCCCGAGAUGUGCUUCAGUUAACGCCAGAUUUUCUUCCAGAUAUCCUGUUGGAAACGUGCUGUAAUGUUAACAUUUGCAUGCUAUGAAAGUACUAUUUGGAGUACAACCUUAGACCUCAUUAUACAAAGCCAUAAUGCACCUCAGAUUCUCUUCUUCACAGAGAGGAACUUUCUUGCUUUUAAAAUAUCAGCACUUUUUAUUAGACAUGCUGUUUUUUUCCCCUUUGAGCUGUUUAUUUUUCUUUCCCCAAGGAAUGAGGGGAAGCAGUUUACAUUUGAAAUGAGCACUGUGCAAAGCAGUGAAUCUCUUUUGCAUUUAGGGCGAGAUGGGUUUUUAAUAUCAUGUGCUAGCCUGCUGGGGGCAUUUCUGAAAAAUAUAUUAAAUCACGUCUGCAGCACUUUGAAUUGCAUAGUAUACACUUAAUGCCAGGCUUGAAAGCCAUAUCACAUGCUAGGCUUCCUUGCUUUAAUUUUUUUUUCCUGCCAGUUUUACAGAGGUGGCAGAGGUUCACGUUUUCCAUCCUGUGUGGUCCUGAAGAAAAUAGCAAGUUCAGGUUGUUUG